AUGAUGAAGAUGUCGAUGUCCCAGUUGCGCCAGGCCAUUCAGGAGCGGGGCGAAAGUCCGCCCCAGAACUGGGGCAAGAUCGAAUUGCGGGACCGCCUGACCGAGUUGAUGAACGAGGCCGGGGAGUCCACGACUACGAAGACCAAUCUUCGAGAGUGGGUGUCCCAGUUGAAUCGCGCAAGCCGAAAGAAGCAGGAGCUGAUCACCUUCUGUUCCGACCGCCUGAAGAUUGCCUUGACGGGUCACGAGACCAUCCCGGUCUUGCAACAGAAGGCCAUGAAGGUGAUCUACAGCGUCUCCAUUCCCAGCGCCCUCGACACGGUGGGGUUCGGCAAGUUCGCUUCCAAGACCUACGGCCAGAUUCUCCACGAGGAGACCAAGUACAGCCAAUGGGUGCAGGAGACCUAUCUCGAGGGAGGCCAGUCCUGCGAGAUUCGCCUACAGCGGCUGGCCACGUGGUUGAUCGAACAGACCGACCGCAUCUCGGAGGCCGAGGAGGAGACGCCGCACAAGAUCACCGACACGAUUACGCCCAAGGUGACCGACAAGAAUGCCUGGGAGACGGAUGUGUUCCUCAAGAAGGACAAUGGCAAGGGCCGUGGGAAACCCUUCCUUGCACACAAGGAUGCCGGCUAUCGCAAGGCCGCCGACAAUGGUGCGGCUUCGAGUGCCAGUGCCAGCAGCGACAAGGAAGACCUCAAAGUGAUGAAGGAGACGGUGGCGGCUCUGAAGGCAGAGCUCAACAGCCUUCGGGGCAUCAUGUCUCCCAGCGAUUUGCCACGGAAGAAGAACAACGAGGCCGAGGGCAGCAAGGGUGCAGACACCGAGGCGACGGAGACCGACCAGAGUUUCCAGAUGGAUGUUGUAGGUACACGGCCUCUGACGGCCGGCGCCGCACGGUGCCACGGGAAGUACGAACAUGGGCUGUGCGAAGGGGCCAUGGCGGGGAAAUCAGCUUGUUACACGCCGGAGUUCACGAAACUGGUGGUGAGCGGAUUGCAACAAGAGUUGAGUUUCUACGGGGUCCAACAGGAGGGGCAAGGUAUCUCCCAGACGCCUGACCUGUUCGGUGGCGGUGAGACUUGCGUGUGUGAUGCCACCUGUCAGUCCGGACAUGUUCAGACUUGCAGUUGUUGUGUUCUUGGUAGGGAACAUGUGCCAGUGCUGCAUGAGAGUUUCGUGUCUGAGCAGAAAGAAGAGGACGAGAGUGAGAGACAGGCACGAGAACAUGUCAGUCGGGGAGAGUUGUCUUUCAAACAUAUGGACCAAUUCCUGAGCACCUUAGACCUGAACCUUCCCCGAAAAGGUAGAGGGAUGCUGGGAGGCACGAACACGAGGCCCGCUUACUUCCAAUUUGGGGCAUACAGCUACGGCAAGUUCUCAGGAAAGAGUCAUAGGACCCAGGAGCACCCAAAGCUUUGUCACUACAUUAACGCCUUCUUGAAACAUCAUCUCGGGAAUGAAGCUACUUGGUCAUCAUUUGUUAUCAGCAUCGACAAUCGUUUACCCCUCCACCGGGACAUCCACAACAAGAAAGGUAGCCGCAAUUACACCUGCGGGUUCGGAGACUACACGGGCGGAGAGCUGUGGUUGGCAGGACAGGACCAUGAGGAAGGAAAAACCGGGUACAAGGAGAACACACGAAUCUUGCGUCAUUGGAACCCCUUCCACCCAAGUGGCAUACUGUUUCAGCGGAUCCAAACAGCAGCCUUCCGCGUCAGCGUGUCUUCAGUACUUUCAAGAGGGAGCCAGACCAUCGAAACCUAUUGCGAUAAGCACAGUAUCUACCUUGACUUAGUGCCGGCUGAAGCGCACUGGCAAGUAGGAACAGUGGAACAGGCCGUUCAAGGGCUGAAACAGUUGAUGGACAAGCUUCAUGAGGAGGACUCCGAGAUUUCAUCGGAAGAAGCACUCGCCACAGCUGUGAGGACUUUUAACCAUAGGGAACAGAUUCGAGGGUUUUCUCCGGGUCAAUUGGCUUUAGGUAGAAACGGGGAUGAGUCGGAUCGUUUUGUGCCUACGGCCAAUGGACUUCCACCCGAUCUUCUGGUGGAGAAUGCUUCAGGGGAGUUUGAAAGGGACGUUCAGCGAAGAGCAAUUGCCGAGCGGGACAAACGGGCCCCAUGGACCUUCACCAAAGUUGCGGAAGAAAUCGGAGGUAACCAGUAUGAGGAUAUAUCCCGAGAAGCUCCCGACGAUAUUGAAUGGAACCGCGCCCAAGACCCGACCCAGGAAGCUCCUCCUACCAGACACCGGAUUACCCAUAAGCGACCUCCUCCCCAAGCUCAGCCCGGUGAUGAUGAUGCUAUGGGAGAGGCUGCAAGUGCCGCGCGACCACGUCUACAGGAGAACCAACAACAGGCCAGUUUCGCAGACCAUGGGUGGUGGAAUCAAGUUCCACACGAAUCAUGGAAUCAGGAGCCGGUGGAGUUCUGGAUGCAUUCGGAUACGGCUGUUGAGGUUGAGGUUGAAGUGCCACAGUCCAAUCGGGGAUUGAAGCAGAUGUGUCAAAACUUUGAAGGGUUCUUUGUGGGGGCUUUGAAGCGGAAGGCCGUAGAGGUGUGUGAACGGAAACUUAGUCCUGAGGAUCGCGCUAAGUUCCAAGAGGCCAAGACUACUGAAGUGAAGAAUUUUAUCGCCGCGAAAGCUUUCCAAGCACUCCCUAGCCAUUUGCAACCAUCGGCAAGCCAGGCGGUAGGAAUGAGAUGGAUUCUUACGUGGAAAAACAAAGAAGAUGGCAGCAGAAAAGCCAAGGCGAGGGCGGUGUUGUUAGGAUACCAAGACCCUUCAUACGAGCACCGCUCAACAACCUCUCCUGUAAUGACGCGUCAGACGCGUCAGAUGUUUCUCCAAUAUGCGGCCUGGAAGAAGUGGACCAUGAAGAAGGGGGACGUUUCAGGAGCGUUCCUACAAGGACGGGAAUAUCCGGAUCUUCUUCAUUGCAUUCCGUGUCCAGAGAUUUUGGCUGAAAUGGGAUUGCCACCGGGUUCAGUGACUCAGCUCAAGCGAGCCUGUUACGGAUUGGUGGACGCGCCUCUUGAGUGGUAUCGGUCUGUAGAUAGCUUCCUCAAGGAGUUAGGCUUCGUGAGAUCGUGGUCAGACCCCUGCGCUUGGCUCUGGAGGGUUCAAGGGACUUUGAGAGGGGCUAUUUCCGGUCAUGUUGACGAUUUUCUGUUCAUGGGGGAUGACAAUGAUAAGGAAUGGCAGGAAAUUCUGAGGAAAAUCCAAGAAAAGUUCCGUUGGGGCGAUUGGGAGUCGGGAAGUUUCGUUCAGUGUGGGGUGAAGGUUACUCAGACCAAACAAGGUUUCGAGCUUUCCCAACCGGACUACACGCGUGACAUCAAAGAGAUCCCGCUCAAUGCGAGCCGACGGAAGGAGGAUGAUAGUCCUAUCAAUGUUGCUCCACAUUUCUCUGCCGAAGUGUCAUUGCUGCUCUCAGAAACCACUGAGGGAACUGUUCAAACUGUGAAGAAAGCCAAUAGUUUGUUGCGACAGGCACACCUGAGGCAGGAUCACAAGAUGCUCAUUCAUGGCUUCACACCCGACACCCCCCUGGGCAUUUAUGCAUGGGUGGAUGCGGCCAACCAGAACCGAGUGAAAGGAGGAAGCACACAAGGAAUCUUUAUAGGUUUUGCUCCAUUAGCGCUUGCUGCCGGAGAAGUGACAGAAAUUUCGCCCGUCAGCUGGCACUCCAGCCAUUUGGAUCGAACCUGUAGGUCUCCCGGCUCUGCAGAAGUGCAGGCGGCCGUCAAUGGAGAAGACUCCUUGUACUUUGCACGGUAUCAGUGGUCUGAAAUGCUACAUGGCGAAGUAGAUGUGCGACAGCCCAACGAUGCGGUCUCUCGGGUGCCCGGCUACCUGAUCACGGAUUCGAGGAAUGUGUACGACAAGCUCACCACAGAAGUUCUGGUGAUUAAGGGCGCCGAGAAGAAGUCGAAUAUCGAACUCUUGAGUGUAAAAGAAGCGCAAAUGAGUACUGGAAUCCACGUGAGGUGGGUACAUUCAGAAGCGCAAUUGGCGAACGGACUAACAAAGUCUGGACCCUCACGAGAGUUUGAACUGUUCUAUCAGAUGCAGGGCCGAUGGAGAAUUGUCGAGGAUCCAUCAAUGAUGUCAGCGCGACGUCGGAAGCAAGCAGGCUUACAGCCGCUGGAAGCAGCUUCGGUCGAUGCUUCGAUGAACAGCUGGUGCACCCGGCUGGAGGGCACACCGAGCAUCAUCUUGCCACAGGCGAUGGCCCUGAAGCAGACGAUCCAGGAUCUGAGCUUCGAGAACACGCUGUCAGCGAAAAUGCUUGCAGUUGUUGGAAGCAAAGUGAUGGCCACUACUGUGGCAGCGGCCGCUGCAGAGAACCCGCUUAAGAGGAAGGAGGAGUCCAAACUCCAGACCUUGCUGAAGCUGGAAAACUUCAUCAUGGUCACUGGGUGGUCUGUGCUGCAAAAGGGACCAGCUUUCUGUAGCCUUUGA